GACGCAUAUACAUUACCAAUAUAACUGCGUGAUGUUUCCAAAUGCACGUUAGUUGAUUCGAAAGAGUCGAACUGUUGAUUUCGUCGGGAGCGAGAACGAAUAAUUCAAACUGUGAGAGCUGCCAUCUAGCGACUCUCAAUCAGUCCCGACCUCUCCCGAAAACAAUUGCACUGUUCGACUUGUUGAGGAUUUGAACUCCCGUGAAUUUCGAUUGUUACGUUGUUUGUUUAUUUACAAAAAUGUUGAAUGAAAGUGAGAGACUCUCGGGUGGUACGCAACAAAAUGGCGUUGUCCAGCCUCUCCUCACUGAUCUUUAUCAGAUUACUAUGGCCUAUGCUUACUGGAAAGGCGGUAAAAUGGAUGAUUUCACUACCUUUGAUUUGUUCUUCAGGAAAAAUCCGUUCAGGGGGGAGUUUACCAUUUUUGCCGGACUGGGGGAGUGUCUGAAGUUCAUGGAGAAGUUUCGAUAUUCUGACAGUGAUAUUGAAUACUUAAAGACAACAAUGCCGGAGUCUGUGGAGCCCGAGUUUUUUGAGUACCUGAAGAAUCUAACCCCGGUGGAUGUUACUAUUUAUGCUAUCGAGGAAGGAUCUGUUGUUUUCCCCAGAGUGCCAUUAAUGAAAGUAGAAGGCCCUCUAAUAAUGGUACAACUCUUGGAAACAACCCUACUGACUCUGGUAAAUUACGCAAGCCUAAUGGCAACAAAUGCAGCAAGAUAUCGCAUGGUAGCUGGUAAUAAUGUAUCGCUUCUUGAAUUCGGUCUACGUCGUGCACAAGGUCCUGACGGUGGAUUGAGCGCCUCGAGGUACAGCUACAUAGGUGGGUUUGAUGGAACAAGCAACAUUCUCGCCGGCAAACUUUUCGACAUACCAGUGCGAGGAACUCACGCUCAUGCCUACAUCAGCUCUUUCGCUGGAAUCGAUGAAUUGAAACUACGAACCCUUAGGCACAAAGAGAGCGGCGAGGAGUUCAAUCUCCUUGACCUUGCGUGCCAGUAUCGUGAGGCAAUAGCUUCUGAUCUCGAUGCACUAGUAAUGGAGGCAUCUGACAGUGAACUUGCAGCUCUCGUAAGCUUUGCCAUUGCCUUCCCAGACGGUUUCAUGGCACUCGUCGAUACUUACGACGUCAAAAGCAUAAAAUCAUCGAUCGAGCGGCAGAUACGCAUAGGCAGCUCAAAACUUAAUUCUAAUGACACUAAAACCGAGACCACGGUCAGUGUUAAUGACGGAAAUAACUUGAAUAAUGAGACGAUUAAAUCAGAUACCCACAAGAAUGGCUUUAAUGCCAUGCAACGAGACUGGCCCCGCAAGAGCCUCACAAGAACACCGUCACACAACAAUGACUUUUUAAAACCAGGCGAAUUGGGCGAGCUCUGUGUGAGGAGUGGAUUAUUGAAUUUCUGUGCCGUGGCCCUGGCUCUCUCUGACCUAGGUUACAGAGCAGUUGGUAUCAGAAUCGACAGUGGAGAUCUUGCCUAUCUCAGUCAGUUAUCGAGGGAAACGUUUCGGAAGCUUGCCGAAAAAUUCGAUCUACCCUGGUUUGCAAAAUUAACGAUAGUUGCUUCUAAUGACAUCAACGAAGAGACAAUAAUCAGUCUAAAUGAGCAGAAUCAUCAGAUCGAUUGCUUCGGUGUGGGAACCCACUUAGUAACGUGCCAGAGACAGCCUGCCCUCGGUUGUGUGUACAAAAUGGUGGAGAUUAACGAUCAGCCGAGGAUAAAACUUAGUCAGGAAGUGGAUAAGGUCACGAUACCAGGUAGAAAGAACGCUUAUAGGCUGUAUGGGGCUGAUGGUCAUGCUUUGAUCGAUCUCCUGCAAAGAUCUACUGAGCCUGCACCACAAGUUGGCAGAAGGGUGUUGUGCAGGCAUCCCUUUCAGGAAUCCAAGAGGGCCUAUGUCAUUCCUACCAGGGUUGAGACGUUGCAUAGGGUGUACUGGAAGAACGGAAAAGUGGUGCUCCCAAUUCCCACUCUCCAGAAGGCAAGAAAUCGUGUUCAGGAGUCACUGAAAACUUUGAGGACUGAUAUCAAACGCAGCUUGAACCCGACUCCAUACAAGGUGGCAGUCAGUGAUGAUUUAUACACUUACAUCCACGAUCUUUGGGUUCAGAAUGCCCCAAUUGGUGAGCUAUCAUGAAAAAACUGUCGAGUGGAAGCUAUGGAAAACUUCAAACCUACGAAACUUAUCAAAUUGGAGUAAAAAGUCAAUACGAUUUAGAAAAUCCAAUGACAUUAAUAACUCCAAUUAUUUUUUGUGCUCCAUUUCAGUGAGCAAUUUUGGCAUUUUGUGAGCCGAAAGCUAUGUGGUACCUUGCUAAAAGGAGAAACUAAUGGAGGAAGUACAAAAUGUACGUGAAAAUUAAAAAUUGAAAACGAAAGUUAGAUAAUCAAGCAAGUUCUAAAUGCAUAAUUGAUGUGAAUCAAAGGUUCCAGAGAAAUGAGUAUUUUUAAGGGCUAGUAACGGCAAUUGCGUAAACAUAUGAAUUAUGUUUAUGAUUAAUCUGACUAGAGGUUCAACUAAAUGAGAGACAGAUUUUUCUAUAUAGAGGCUUUAUCGAGGUUCCACCUUUUUCAGUGGCAUACAUUUUGUUGAAUAAAGAAAUAGUUGAUUUUGUAGUGAAGUGGUGUGAGGAGAUGAGUUCGACAAUUCCAGACUAAUCACUUUGCUAAUAUCUUUCACCUUUUUGGGCUAAGGGGACGAUUCCAAAAGAAUGUUUCCGCGAAAAAAAAUGAUAGGCUACAACGAAGGUUUCUGGAUGAGCUCAUCUGAACCUCUUCCUUCAGAAGUUAUUGGUGAGUAGUUCUGUAAUAACAAGGAUCUUGAAAACAGCUCUGAGACUGUUCGGUUCAGAGGAGAAUAUUGAGAGGUUCCUCAAGUCCACAUCAUAUAUUGCUAGAAAGACCUCAAUUAAUCCCUCUCAACCACUUUCUAAGGAAUAAGGAAUAUCAGUGCGAAAUCAUUCGCGAAUCCGUGUUAAACGUCCUGUCACCAUUUCGCUACUGAUUCAUAUUAUAGAUCAAAUGCAUAUUUUUGCUGAAUAUGUAGAUACGUGUAUUUACCAGCACCAAUUCAUGAAAAAUUUACGGUACAAAGAAUAAAAGAGGUUUUAGACACAAAGGAUUAACACAUCUGUAUUCUAUCGAUUAUUAAAUUGUAUAAGAUGGAGUAAUGAACAUUAUCGAAAUUUGUUAUUGGUAGCUCAAACAUCUGAAUCGGCAUGACACCAAAAAAGUCAUAGACAUAAAUAGAAUUGAAUAAUAAUAUUUUUAUUGACGAGAGAACAGAUGACUGUUGAUUAGGGAAUCAAUGGUUUAUGUACAUGCCAUUUUGUUUUUGUUAUUGAUACAAUAUUUGUUAAUCUUUUUAUGUGCUUUUAAUACGUAAUAAACUGUUUUUCUCGUCUUA